AUGGCAUUCUUGAGGCUGGGUUCUAAGUCUGAAAUAUUUCAUCGUGAAGGUCAUACUUGGGUUUGCACAUCUGGACUUCCAAGGGACAUUUGCAUUAACAUUGGAGAAAUGUCUUUCAAUCUCCACAAGUUUCCAUUGCUUUCAAGAAGUGGGCUACUAGAGAAGCUUAUUGAAGAGUAUAGCAAUGGGGAAGGAUCAAGUUUAAAUUUGAGACUUGAUGAUAUACCCGGCGGAGCUAAAGCCUUCGAGCUUAUAUCUAAGUUCUGCUAUGGUGUUCGUAUGGAACUCACCGCGUAUAACAUAGUCAGCGUCCGAUGUGCAGCCGAGUACCUUCGAAUGACAGAAGAUUAUGGAGAUGGAAAUCUUGUAAUGCAGGCAGAAGCUUUCCUCAAUGAAGUGCUGGGGAAUUGGUCAGAUUCAGUCAGAGCUCUUGAAGCAUGUGAAGAAGUUAUGCCACAAGCUGAAGAGCUUCACAUUGUCUCUAGAUGCAUCGAAUCGUUGGCAACCAAGGCUAGCGCGGAUCCGAGCUUUUUCAGCACGACUUCGUCGGGACGCGAAACCAGGCCAAGUCCCGAAGAUUCAGGCUUAUGGAACGGAAUAUCGACUGCGACCAAGACGCAAUAUAUAGGCGAGGAUUGGUGGUACCAAGAUGUAUCAUUCCUUAGUUUACCAUUAUACAAAAGACUGAUUUUAGCCAUUGAAUCAAAAGGUUUAAGGCCUGAAACAAUUGCUGCAUCAGUCGUGCACUAUGCUAGGAGGUACCUCCCCUUGAUGAAUCGACAAUCAAGCUUCGAUGAUGUGAACAGUACCGUGACCAACAUGCCGAAUACUUGCGAAGCAGAUCAAAGGGCACUCUUAGAAGAGAUUGUAGGGUUACUUCCUAAUAAGAAGGGAGUCGCAUCCACCAAGUUUCUCAUUAGGUUGCUUCGUACAGCAAUGGUGUUACAUACAAGUCCAUCAUGCAGAGAGAAUCUGGAGAUGAGGGUGGGAGCUCAGUUAGAUCAAGCUUCACUCGUGGACUUGCUAAUACCGAAUAUGGGGUACUCGGAGACGCUUUAUGACGUCGACUGUGUUCAGCGGAUUCUCGAUCAUUUCAUGUUAGUACAGCAGGCUGCAGCAUUAGCAACUCCUCCUGGCAUAGCGGAGGAGGGGCAAAUAAUAAAGGGAUCACCGGAUUCGUUGACACCGAUUACGAUGGUGGCCAAUUUAAUAGAUGGAUUUUUAGCAGAAGUUGCAUCAGAUGUUAAUUUCAAGCUUCCUAAGUUCGAAGCACUGGCUGCUACAAUCCCUGAUUACGCAAGACCUGUUGAUGAUGGACUCUAUCAUGCCAUUGAUGUGUACAUGAAGACACAUCAUUGGAUUGCAGACGGUGAAAGAGAGCAGCUUUGCAGACUAAUGAACUGCCAAAAGCUGUCAUUGGAAGCGAGCACUCAUGCAGCCCAAAAUGAGAGGUUACCUCUUAGGGUAAUCGUUCAAGUCCUCUUCUUCGAACAACUACGGCUUCGUACGUCAAUUUCGGGCUGGUUCUUCGUCUCUGACAAUCUUGAAAACUCACAAAAUCAAAUAAACUCGGCAGCAGCACAACAACAGCGUGAUAAUGGUGGCGAUGAUGAUGUGAAGCAACGAGUUUCAGAGCUUGAAAAGGAUUGUUCGAGCAUGAAAGAGGAGAUCCAGAAGCUGAUGAAGACGAAAAGGAGUUGGAGGAAUUUCACCAGAAGGUUGGGUUUCAAUAGGAAAUCGAAUUCUUGUUGCCCAAAAGGAUCGAAGGCUUCGAAACUAAGAGCAGUCGCCCCAUCAUCCGGGAACAGACAGCAAAACUGUGAAAAAAUUGAGGUGGUUCCUCCUGAAACUGUGAAGGUCAAUUGA